AUAAACUGCCAAGGCAGGCGAGCACGCAGACUGGAUUACAGAUACAGUGACUACUUAUCCGAUGCAUAAGGGUAUCAGUCAAAGUCUGUGAGUUGUUGCCAGACUACACGAUGCCGGGCGCAGCGAGGAGAAUCAGGGACUCCUCUGUCCGUGCGGCCUUGUUGCUCGUUGCGUUGGCGGCAGCAGGCGUAAAUGGCUAUGCCAAAUACUGGUGGGAGCCUGCCAUCGGUGUUAUGCCGGAUGGCAAUCCCUGCCACGCCCACCCAGAAAGGGCAUAUUACGAUCUGACGGACGCUGAAGGCUUCUUCCUGGAGAGCCCGCAUGGAAUCCCCUAUCACGAGGACGGCAUCACUUUUGAGUUCAGGGAGCAAACGGGGGGUGACCUGACCACCCGCGUGUGCCCCGGGGCCAACUACACGGGAAAGCUGUCGCUGCCGGUUCUGGGCCUGGCGCUGCUGUCCAUGUCGGAGGGCCGCUUCCUCAGCCCCGGACCCACACCCGGAUGCCGCAACCGGGUGGACCUGGGUGCCUCCAGCUCGCCGCGGGCACAGACGUCCUUCGCCUUCGCCUUCGCCGUGCCAUGCAACCUGACAGGCGACCUGGAGUUCAGGGUGACUGCCGCCCAGCGCGGCUACCCGUCCACCUGGAUGCAGGCGGCGGCCACACUGGCGGCCGCGGGGCCGGGCGAGUGCCCGCAGCAGCAGCGGGUGCUGGCCUGCGGAGCAGACGCAAGCGGCGGCGGCACGCUGGACCCCGCCGACCCCAAGCUCCAGCCCGACCCAGUGGAGCCCACCCCCUCCAGCGCCGCCGGCCCCCAGCCGCAGUCGCCGGCGCCUGCGCCCCACCCGCCCGGGAAGGGCCCCAAGCAGCAGGGUGCCAAGCCAUCCAGGCAGCAGCCCAAACGGCGCCGCCCGCCGCCCCAGGGGUCUGCCGCCGCCGCCAGGGCCAGCCGCCCGCCGCCCGGCCGACAGAGCCCGCCGCCGCGGAAAAGCCUGCAGCGCCGGUAGACCUCCUGCUGCUGCUGAUGGUGGUGGUGUUGCUGCUGCGUGCCUGCUGUCGCGCGCCUGACGCGCAUGGCGGAGGCGCGAGCAAGGCGUACGCCACACCAGGCAGCGCAGCCCGCCUGCUGGUAGCGGCCCAGGGGCUAGUGCUACUAGUGGUGUUACUGCCUAUGCAAGUUGACAGCCAAGCUUGAGAAACCGCCGUGCCGUGUAUCCAGUAUGGCGGUUGUGUGCGGCGAGAGGCAAGAGGUGAGGUCACAUGCAAAGGGCCCAUCCCAUGCAUGACACUGUGCUCAGGGCUGACCAGAGCAAGCGGCAUGGUGGUGAUCUGCGCGGUGAUGCAUUUCAGAGACAGAAGAUGUGUGUAUGUGUGUGUGGGGUGUGUGUGUGUGUGUGUGUGUGUGUGUGUGUGUGUGUGUGUGUGUGUGUGUGUGUGUGUGUAUAUGUGUGUGUGUGUGUGUGUGUGUGUGUUGUGUGUGCACCUGGUGGCGUUUGGGAUCAGCCACUAGGGCGGUCAUGCCAGUCAGCCAGUGCCCUUCAUCCGGUCAGGAGGCCUUGCGUGCGUCAUGCAUAAUGCAUGUGUGUGCAUACGUGCAAGCAAGCAACCAGCAUGAUCUUUGGAUGCAUGCGGGAUAAGUGGCAUUAGUAGUUGCGGGAUGCUGCAAUGGAGUAGCUAACUAGUGGGGGCUCAGUGGACCGACACGUCGGUGAUGCAUCCCAUGGGUUGUAAUGGACGUGUUUUUAUUCACAUGUAUGCAUAGGGGACAUGAUGGUACAAAGGACCAACGUAGGGGAAUAUGCAGGCAUAGGGCAGGAGGAACGGGUGGCGGUCGUAGCCGGCCGCGGUCGGUGCGGGGUACUUUGACGGUACUUGGCGCCUGGACCGCCCGGUAAGUGCAGCGCAGCUCUUGGGUGAAGGAGGUGAAGUGUUGAGGAUGGGAUCACGUGACGCCGGCGCCCAGCUGGACGACACAGAGUGUGAAGCAGUGGGUGAUGGUGGGGUGCACGAUGGGCGCGAUGGGCGCGCACCGGGAGUCCCAGACCUGUGCAGGAAGAAAGAUGCGCACUCAGAGCAGACUGGAUUCCCGCGCUGCUUGUAAUCAAGUUUCAGU